GAAAUGAGUUUGAAGAUUGGAACUCAGCUGAGAAACAUGUCGAAAAAUAUGCAAAUGAAGUUAGUUUUGAGGUUGUAAAGCGUCAACUUGAAAAAAACAAGCGUGGUGAAAUUGUACGUCGUACAUUCGAGUGCAAAAAUUCACACCAGUAUUGUGCUAAAAAAAAAGCCGAUGUAGAAGAUACUCGUGAGUGUGAAAGUAUAAAAAUGAACUGCCCAUGGAAAGUUAAUCUUGGUCUCGCUAGUAAUAUUAUACAUGUUACUUCCAUGUGCAAAGAACACAAUCAUCCAUUAUUUGAAAAUCUUGAAAAUCGAAAUAUAGCAUCAAACUGUCAUCUUACUUCAGAAAUGCUUGAAGAAAUUGAAUUUCUGACAUAUGAAAAAUUAAUGAAACUUCAACGUGAAGAGCAUGACUGGUUCGUUGAAGCAAAAUUGGAAAGUGAGGACAAUCAUUUAACCGAUGCAGAUGCCAGUAUGAUCACGGCUAUCUAUGAGACUCUUCCAUCUACAAAGCAUAACUAUUGCAUCUGGCAUUUACGAAAAAAUAUUGAAAAAAAUUUAAAAGGAAAGCUUCAUAAGAAAUAUAAUAAUUUUGUAAAAAAAUGGAAUAAAUGUCGAAACAGUUUUUCUGAAGACGAAUUUCAAAAACAAUGGCAGGAACUCCUUACAAAUUAUUCCGAAGCACGAAAGUAUCUUGAAUGGGCACUUGAAACUGAUGUAACUAUCAGUUUACCCAAUGUUAUUGGAAGGUAUUUUAAACGAAUUGAUAGUAUUAUUAAGAAAUAUCUUAUACCACAAGUAUUGAAGAUGCAACAUUGCCAAAUGAAUGAAAGUUUACUUUACUAUGUAAAGAAAAUUGAGAAUUGGAAAAUUCAUGAGAUUUAUGACUUCAAAGAAAAUACAAAUAAUAUUACACUUGAUAAUGAUGAUGAAGAAAAAAAACAAUCUGAUGAAGAACAAAAUCAAUCUAUCAAUGAAGAAGAACAAAAACAAUUUUUUGAUAAAGAACAAGAACAAUUUUUUGAUGAAGAAGAACAAGAACGAUUUUUUGAUAAAGAAGAAAAACAAACCCAAUUUGAUAAUGAGAGUUCUAAUGUUGAUAAUGGACAGGACCAAUCUGAUAAUGACGAACGAGACCAAUUUGAUAAUAAUAAACAAGACCAAUCUGAUGAUGAUGAACAAAACCAAUCUGAUAAUGAAAGUAGUACCAAUCACCUGUGUACAUGCAUGUGGCUUGUAACAUGGGGAUUAGUUUGUCGACACUUCUUUUCAAUAAUGUUUAACUUGGAUAAAGCUAUGUUUUAUAUUGGUCUUAUUUCAUCUCGAUGGUAUAACGAUGUAACUUUCAAUCCUCAAAAAGAAUUUGCAAUCACAAUUCGCAGUAAAGAAAGUGAAACAGAUGACAAAUCCAUAUAUGAACACCAAAUUAGAACAAACUUCGAUAUAUUAAAUGAAUUUCGUAAUACACAGUUGUUUUCAGAAACCGUCCGAGCAAAUCUUUCCCAUAAAGCUAAAUAUAACCUUGGUUUCGGCUAUGCAAAACAAGCAAUUGGAUUAGCUCUUGAAAUGGGUUACGAAGAUGAAUUAAAUAUGAUUUUAAGAAACUGGAUAAGUGAAAAAAAAAGAGAACGUCAACCAGAAUGUACAUCUAACAAAGAGAAUUUGCCAAACAUUAGCAAUCCUUAUCAAACACGUACAAAAGGUACUUCAAAAAAAGUUUAA